AUGAAGUUGAAGCAGGCCAAAAAUCUGCCUGAAGCAGUUUUACAUCGUCAUUGGUUGGUUUUUAAGCAGUUCUUAAAGGUAAAUCAUCGGGAUUUGAUUCGCACAUAUCUGUUUGUUCCUCUUGGGGUGAUCAUCAUCAUGUGCCUCCUAUAUGGAGUCGAUAGACUGAUCCGAAAUUGCAUAAAAGUGACGUUCCCAGCAAGUGUGGCAGUUAUGCUAAUCAAUUUUGCAUUCAUGUGUUGCUUGUCAGCAUUGAAAAAACCAUAUAAUAACUUUUACAUUAGCAUUAUAGAUGUUCCAUUAAGUUGGGCGUUGAGAUGGAUGAAUCUUUUUUUCACGCCUGCCUUUGUGACUUUGCCUUUGAGUCCAUGGAUCUCAUAUAAGGAAGCAUUAUUAAUAGUUGCUGUUUUCAUAUUUGGAUAUUUGAUUGCAUUCGUUUUGCUGGCCUAUAUUACAAUCCUAGGUCAAAAAUUAAUUGGACUUAGGGGGCUGAAGUCAAUCUUCAUUAGACAAGAAGAAUUACAGAAUGGUGUUACUGAGGGAUCCAGAUUUACGCCGAUGCCACUUAAACAUAGGAAAAAUGGCAGUGUUUCAAGCUCAAGUAGCAAAAACGAAGAGAAUAAUAAUAUCAAAAAUGCUAGCGACGGAUCGGACGUGAGUGAUAUUCAUUAUCAGUAUGCAGAUGAAUAUUAUGACCACCACAACAAUAAUGAGCAAGAAGCUAACAAUAAUUUCAAUGAUCCGUUGAUUAGUCUGGCAAGCAAUUCUGGAUUGUUUUUAUCAAGAUUAAAUUCCCGAGCUACCCAGGGAAAUACAUCCUUGUUGGCCUGCGAUUCUCAUAAUUUAGAUAGUAGAGCGCAUGUGGCUGAUGAAAAUAGUGGUGCGCACCAAAUGGAUAGCGUCUACAUGCUAUAUCAAACACCAAGUGGUAAUUCAGCAGGGCAGUCAAGCGAUACUCACAGCUCGCGUGAAGGAAUUAAUAAUAGGUCCAAUAUCUUAUCAAAAAUAAUACCUGCAGUACAUAGGUCUUCUGUGAAUAGUACUGAUACAUCAGAUGUACCAUCUGAAGCUCUUGAAAGCCGAGCAAUUUGUCAACGCGCCAUUACUAAACAGUUCUCGAGAGAGUUCGAUCAUUAUUUUUCCAUCAGUAUGUGGGAAAACCAUUCGCACCAUGUUAUUUUCUCUGUAGGUCUAUUUGCUACGAUUUUCACCUACUAUUUCCAAUGGUACAUUGCUCCCUAUCAAUUGUUUACCGCAAUCGUGAUGUUUAUGAUUGUUGUUGAUAGCCCAUUCAUUGUAAACCGUCCUAGGUUAAAAAAAUUUGCCCAUCCGGUGAUUUGCUCCGUGGCUUUAACUUGGAUAGUAAUGCUCAUUUCAGUCAUGAUAAAGCACAGAGAAGUUUCGUUUUUCAUAAGCGAGCUGAGGCAAUACAAGACAGGCAGGACUUAUCUUUUUCUGUUCGACGAUCAAAGAUUUGGACAUCAUCAAUGGCCAGGUGCUGGCGACAUAUUUUCAAGCUGCAUGGAUGUUUCCAUAGUUGCUCUAUCUCUUCCAAUGUACACAUACAGAAAGGAUUUACAGAAACAUUUCUUCGCUAUGGUUCCACCAAUAUUAUUGUUCACUGCGGCAUGUCUUUUGCUGUAUCCCCUUAUUUGCUAUCACAUAGGCAUAUCACCAACGCGAGCUAUUGGCCUCUCUGGAAGAAGCAUAACUUUGGCACUUGGUACACCAAUGAUUGCAAAUUUGGGUGGUGAUCAAACUGUUAUGGCUGUUGCCACUGUUAUGAGUGGAGUAGUUGGUGCUUUGACCGGGGGCCCCAUGUUGGAUUUUAUCAGGGUUCCAGAAGAAGAUUAUGUAACAAGAGGUCUUACGUUAGGUUGCAAUUGUGGUGCUAUAGCAACUGCUUAUUUGCUGGGAGUUGACAGAAGAGCCGCAGCGAUAAGUUCACUUUCCUUUGUAUUUUAUGGUGCACUUCUGGUCAUUUUAAGCGCAAUAGGACCAGUCAAAAGUUUUGUACACAUGCUUGUUGGAUUAUAA